AUGUGGGGUUUCGGCAGGCAUAGGGAGGUAGCCAGGUCUGCCAGGGUUGCGAGGCGCCACAACGCCACUGUCGAUUUCCGACUUCAAGGGGCAUGUGCUCUCCAUGAACUAUUAUUUUGCUCAUGUGCCAUAAAGACCCCUAUUCAGACCCUGAUCCCAUGUUGCAGUGGACCAGGGCAGGGCUGGAGGCCUACCGACAUCUCCAAAGAGGUGCUUCAGACGUCAUUGUCAACAAGGACGCAAGACGAUGAAAGUUGA